AUGCCACCGAAAAAACUAUCCAAGCUACCACUCAAUACGAGGAUGAAGCGGUCCCGCAGUCGUUCACCAUCUGCUACACUUCCUUCAAAGGAAACGAAGGAGACGGACCGAAGCAAAGCCCAGUCACCUGUCCGCUCCGUGUCACUUCCAGUUGGAUCGGGUUCGGCUUCGCCAGUGCGGGGGGACGAUCUGAAAAAGACAGAGAAGAGCAUUUGGAGUCAAGUGGAACCUUUUAAGCGUAAGACAGAGGCGAAGGACUUUAAGCCUCGGGAGAUGCUGAAGUUUAUCACCUGGAAUGUUGCCGGAUUGCGUGGACUCUUGAAGAAAGAUAGUGAGGCGAUUAAGAAGUUGUUGGAGGAGGAACACCCAGAUGCACUCUGCUUGCAAGAAACGAAACUGAAUGUGGGGGACAAGGGUAAUGAAGCUCUUGGCGUGGUGCAGGGGUAUGACUUUGUGGACCACCCUUGUCAUGCAAAGAAAGGAUACUCUGGUACACGUACUUACAUUAAGAAGGAAGUGGCGGAAAAGUGGAACGCGGUAUUUGUUAAGGGGUUUGGUGGCCCCAAUGGGGUUGACGAUGACAAACAAGAGAAUGGGGAUGAUGAGGGCCGUGUCCUCACAACAUAUUUUGGCGGCGAUCAGGGGUGCGAAAACACCUUUAGGUUGGCCCUUGUCAACACAUACGUACCCAAUAGUGGUAUGGACCUCGCUCGCCUUCCGUACCGUCACAAGACGUUUGAUGUUAAGAUGCGGAACUAUUUGUGCAAACUGGACGCAGCCGCUAUGAAAGUUAACGGCACCUGCAACAAUGUCAAGGAUGCUCAGCCACCUACGGGUGUCAUAUGGGCUGGAGACCUUAAUGUAGCGGAGCGCGAUUAUGACCGAUAUUUCGCAGGAACUUUCGCCGCCAUGCAGAAGUGCAGUGGUUUUACUCCAGAAGAGCGCACUUCGUUCCGUGAAACGUUAAGAGCCGUCAACGCGGUGGACACAUUCCGGGAGUUGUAUCCGCGUGCGGCACCCGUUUACACCUUCUGGUCUGCGCGAAUCAACGGCCGGGCCCGUGGUCUGGGCUGGCGAUUGGACUAUUUUGUUGUAUCUGCUGCACUUGCGGGCCGUGUUGUGGAUUGUUUCACUAUGCCCAUGAUAAUGGGCAGUGAUCACUGCCCUGUGCAGAUGUGGCUCCGUAAGUAA